UGAAAACAAAAACAGAAAUAAAUCAAAGCAUCUUCCAGAAUGAUUACGUUUAGAGAAAGAGAUAAAUGGAGAAACUAAUCGAGAAUGAUGAAUAAUAAUGCGGAACUAAACGCGUUACGCAUAAAUAUCUCAUUAAAGAAGAAAUCGCGAUGAUGCGUUUUGUCCUGAAAGAAAAUGUCAUUUUUUGUUCUUGAAUCGUUGAACUGGUGCUACAUAGAAAGCAUACUAAUUCACUUUUGCCAGAACGUUUACGAUAGCGGAAGAGGAGCAAUCGACUAUGAAUCCUGUUUAAAAUUUUUUCUUUUUAGUCCUUCAAAUACUCAUAUAAACAAUUGAAAGAAACUUUAAUUUGAAAAAAAAACUGAGCGUGUAAUAUUCUAUUACACAGAAAAAAAUAAAUACAUUUCAUAAAUGAAUUUAUGAACUUUCAAUAGCAUUAUUAUUAUGGUAAUAAGAUACCAAAUUAAAAUUUGAAAAUUAAUUAGUGAUUCUAAUACUGCUGACUGCACACGUCCCUAUCUAUUAUAGCAAUCGGUGGGUGAACAUUGCUACUUCAUUAUAAAAAAUAUUUUUAAAUUUCGAUUUUAUCAUAUUGUUUUUUUUUUUUCAUAAUUGCAAUGAAUAAUGCGAUUCGGGUCAUGAUCAUUGUACCUUUACAGGCCAGAAUUUCAUAAACAUUUAGCUUCAGUUCUGAAGUGGAAGCACCAUAUCUUAGUCAACUUUUACUCUCCAGGAACUCUCCAGGUACCAACCAAUUUUGGUGUUAAUUGAUUAGGAAUUGUAUUAAUUAAUCUUAUACCACAUUGCAAUAAAAUUACAUAAUAUUUGUAGAGAAAGCAGCUGUUGAUGAAUUCCAACUGCUUAGCGAAGAAAUAAAGUAUAGAACAUCAGGUGGUCAUUUGAAUUAAAAUUCUAUCGAGUUGGCUCGAAAAUAUUUUAAAGGAAAUUUAAAAACACUUCCUGAUUGAAAUAUUUUACAAAACGUUUGGAAACUUUAUUUGAAUGCACUAAAUGAUAAAACUUGGAUGACAUAUGAUAAAGUAGAAAUCACGCAAUUGAUUUAAAUAAUCAAUGCUUAAUAAACGUGAAUUUGCGUCAUUUUCCACACGUUCGAUCUGCAAAUAAAAUUUUUCAAACUGGAAGAACUCAAUAAUUAUAUUUUAUUGGCAUGCACUAAAUGAUAAAGCUUGGAUAAUAUAUGACAAAGUACAAAUUACGCAAUUAAUUUAAAUCAAUGUUUAAUAAACAUGAAAUUAAUAAACGUGAAUUUUCCACACGUUCCAGCUGCAAAUUCAAUUGUUCAAACAUCAAUAAACGUGCUUGGAUAUCCAAUUAUCAGGAAUGAGAUAGAUUACAGUUCAAAAAGAAUGAGGAUAUAAAAAAAAAUUAUUUCGACAUAUCUUAUCCUUGGCUAUCGCAGAUUGUUCGGUGUCCUCGUUUUGUUCCAUUCACUCAUAGAUGAAAUCUAUUUAUUAUUAUUCAAGAUGUAUGACUAUAAACUUUUGUAUGUGUUUUUAGUUCAGGCAGAGAAAGUAGCAAAAUUGUUGUCAACGUUGAUUCAUAAGAGAUUUCUUCUAAAUUAAACAGGUUCCUCAUCUCUGACAAUAAAUAACUUACUCUCCAUAAGAUGUAGAGUAAUUUUUUCUUUAUAUCUGUUAGAAGUUCAAAGAGGACCUUCUUAAAAAAUAAAAUUACGUAUUAAUUUUUUACUAUUCUGAUAGGACCCAAAAUAGAUGAAAUCUUCACUGAUUUAGGGCUGACUGCUAACUCAUCUGACGAUCCUCUCUGAACUCCACUGAGCAGAGAUAAGAAGAUAAUUAAUGGGAUAGCACCAAGGGUAUCCUGAUCUCACCUAUGAUGUUUCUGAAAUGAUACACGUUGACAUAGUAGCAGAAUUUCCAUAUCCAUGGGUGGUACUUGAUCUACACUUGGUCUAACUAAACAUUUCUGUUACAGGAGGAGAUCAUCCAUCACCAAAUCGUGAACUUUAUUUAAAGUAUCCCCCGAUAAACUAUUAUAAGCAAGAAAGAUCAUCUUUUAUCAUUCUUAGAAAGGAUCAAAAGACAGUACCAAAGUUUGGUCACCUUACUUUCCUAUGUAAAAACUAUGGAGUUCCGUAGACUUUGGUUUGCCAGGGUGAGAAAAACUAGCGGCCACAAGAAGGCUGAUAUAAAAGAAAUUAGUGGACAAGUCAGGCGUGUGAUCCUUUCUAAAGGCGUGAAUUAAUCAUUCGAAUUGUAUGCGGUUUAGAGAUAAAUCGGCCCGCAGAUUGAGCUUUUUUCUGCAAGCGUGGGGUACCUACCGAUCCGCGAUAGUACUUUUGCACUUUCUCCCACUAUUUAUAAAGUUCGGUUCGUAUCUGGCAUUCGUUCAGUCGUCUUGCCAACACGUGUUUGGAACAUUGGCCGAGAAACCGGCAGGGUUCAACUCUAUAUGAAGUGACUUCGUUUAAUUUGUUCAAUUUGUGCAUCGACAGAGGUAGCUAGAAGGGUACGGUGUUUCGAGAGGCUGAAGUUGAAGCAAACGGAAAUAUGAACAGAAAAACAGAGUGGUGUAUAGUAACAACAUUCCUCGCCGUGUUGAUACUAGAAACAAACACAGUGGAUGGAAAAAAUAUUACAUCAGAAGAAUCCUCAGGAAAUGCAGAAAACAAGGAGAAGAUUUCAGAUCUGGAAGGAUCAGAAACUACAUACAGCUUCAGUAAUGUAAAUAAUUAUAGAGAUACAUACGGUACUUUACCUUUUACAUAUACACCCCCUUCUGGAUAUUCUUCGAGAUAUUCUUACCCCAGUUUCUCGUAUGGUUCUUCACUGAAUACGAAUUAUGAUAUUCAUCGAGACAUAUCAUGCGGAGAUCGAUUUCCGGGUAUCUGCGAAAAAUCGCGAUAUAGAUCAUUCGAUGGUUCAUGCAAUAAUCUUCAUAAUCCCACGUGGGGUAUGGCAAACACCAGAUACGGACGACUUCUACCAGCAAAUUAUGGAGAUGGUGUACGAUCGCCAACGAUUUCAGUGACUGGAACAAAAUUACCACUUUCUCGUAUGGUCAGCUAUACCAUGUUUCCACAUGUCGACAUUAACGAUCCAAUAUGGACACUAGCGGCAAUGCAAUGGGGCCAAAUUAUUACCCACGAUAUGGGGUUGAUCGAUGGAACAACCCAAUCAAAACCACACGCGACACAGUGCUGCACCGAUGAUGGACAAUUAAUUCACCCAUCGCAGAGUGCCGAACAAUGUUACCCCAUUCUUAUUCCUUACGACGACCCUGUAUUCAGCAAGGCCAACAUAAGAUGUCUCAACUUUGUUCGUAGUACAACUGAUCUUGACCGUGGCUGUUCCUCGCAAUCCAAACCAGCAGAACAGUUAACCAUCGUUACACAUUUCAUGGAUCUCUCGCUGGUUUACGGAUCCAGCGAUCAAGUAGCAAUUAGCUUGAGAGCUGGAGCCGGUGGACGUUUAAACGUGGAUGUCAGGGAUAAUAGGGAAUGGCCUCCUGCAGCGACAAACAAGAGUCAAUCUUGUGAGAACACGGAUUAUGAUGAAGUUUGUUAUCAAGCUGGUGAUACUCGCGUCAAUCAGAAUACCCAGCUGACCGUUUUACAGAUAAUAUUACUUAGGGAGCAUAAUCGUAUUGCCGAUGCUUUGGCUCAUUUGAAUCCACACUGGACAGAUGAAACAAUUUUCCAAGAGACUAGGCGAAUCACAAUCGCGGAGCACCAACACAUUUCGUAUUACGAAUGGCUGCCAAUAUUUUUAGGUAUCGAAGCCACGUAUGGUAACAAAAUUUUGUACGAUACAAAAGAUUACGUGAACGAUUAUGAUCCAAAGGUGGAUCCAAGUACUUUGAACGAACAUUCGACCGCAGCUUUCAGAUAUUUUCAUUCUCUUGUCGCUGGUUUUCUUAAUUUGGUGAAUGAACACCGAUAUUCGAACGGUGCUUUGAGGCUAAGCGAUCAUUUCAACAGACCAGGAGUCAUCGAAGAACACAAUAAUAUGGAUGAUCUAACGAGAGGACUGUCUUUCCAGCCUCAAAAAGCCAGCGAUCAAUUUUUCGAUCUCGAGAUUACCCAAUACUUAUUUAGAAACGGAAGGCCAUUGGGAUCCGACCUUCGAGCAACGGACAUUCAAAGAAAUCGCGAUCACGGUCUCGCGUCGUACAACAGUUUCCGGGAGUAUUGCGGUCUGCCUAGAGCGAAACACUUCGUCGACUUCACGGAUUACAUUUCUCCCUCAAACGUGGAAAAGUUAUCGCAGCUGUAUGCCAGCCCCGAUGACGUCGAGAUAACUGUUGGAGGAUCAUUAGAACGACACGUGCCUGGAACACUGACUGGUCCCACCUUAUUAUGCAUUCUUAUUAGGCAAUUUUAUAAAACACGAGUGGGUGAUCGCUUCUGGUAUGAAAGAGGUGAUCAUGAUACAGCCUUCACUAUAGAACAAUUAAACGAAAUUCGAAAGGCAAGUAUAUCCAGGUUAUUCUGCGAUAACGGUGAUCACAUCACAAAAAUGCAGCCAAGGGGAUUCGAACGAGUAUCUUCAUCUAAUCCCAUCGUAAAUUGUGAAAACAUUCCAUCGUUGGAUCUCUCGUUAUGGAAAGACUAUGCACCCGAACUGACGAAACAUCAAAGUAUACCAUUCUCUCAUUACAAAAAAUAAUAUACGAUCAAUUGUUUUCGGAGAUUUUUGUUAUUUUAUUACCAAAUAUACGGUACAUAUUAGUUAAAUAUAAUUAGCCUGAUACACAAAAGUAUUAUUGAUUAAGAUAAUAGUUAAUAUAAGCUUGUUGGAAAAAAACUCUUACGAGAUGAUAUGAAUGAAAUUAAUUAUUUUUUGUAAUGAUUUUGUUUGUUUAGGAGAUCAGGGGAUAUAAAAACGUAAGUACUUUAAUUUUUCCUUUCACAAGGAAUUAAAUAAAUAAUAAUGAAGGAGUCCUUGAAAAGAUGAUAUGAUUAUCCCAAUUUUUAUUAUUAAAACGUUGUUUAUUCGUUUCGUGUAUUAAAAUGAAUGAAAAAUAAUUGCUAAUUAGUAUAAUCAGCAGAGACAGAAAUGAAAAACAAGUGAUAGGAAACUUGCACCUGCAAACGAUAUACAUUUCCCACUAAUUAUGAAUUACUAUAGGUAAUAUCAGUGACUUCCAUUGUAAUCAUGGAGACAGUCGUACAAACAGCGAUAUCAAUCGGUGAUUGAUAAGAGAUUAAAGCUUCGAAUAAAAAUAGCUCAGCUCAUAGAAACUCUUGACAUACUUUGAAAUAUUUCAAAUUCCAAAUUUUCAAUAAAUUCAGAACAAAUGACUGUAAAUUGGCACAAAAUCUAAGGAAAGAAUGAUUUAUUAAAGCCCCAAAUGUUUUAAUUUAUAACGUGAUACUAUUGCACGGUUUAUUGAACGGGUUAUCGAGUCACCGUUUAUUUGCAAAACAUUCUGGCGUAAAACGGAAUUUACGACUUAUCCCAACACGUUCAAUAAACUUUUGUUAUCUUACACGUGUUUACGACUGUCUGAACAACGUCCCCUAUUAGAGGAAGAAAUAUCGAAUCAAUGCUCUGAAAGGGUUCAUCAGAAAAAAUUCUGAGAGAAAGUUUUUAUCAUUAACUUCUUCAAACACAGUCAAGUUUCAGAUAUAAAUGAACAAAAUAACAGACGUUUGCUAAUGUUUAUUUUUUAUUAUGACUACUGAUGUAUUCCUCCAGUUGCUUCAGGAAAGAACUACCUUUUUUAUAAAUUGAUGUUUGUCUUAAUAAUGACAAAAUUUUUAUUUUAUCACGGUAUUGCAUUAACUGAUGAAACACGGUAGAUUCGUAUCUGAAGCUCGAUACUCUUUGUCGCUGAAAUUAGUACACAAUUGUUAAAAAACAAAAACAAAUAAACAAAAGAUAAUUUGUGUACAUGACAUUUGCAAUUUUAUUCUUUUAAUGGAUGGAAAAAUUGAUUGACUGUGAAUGACUGAAUUCAUUGUUUCUUCUUAAAGGAAAAAAAUACUUAAUCAGUUUAAACAAUUUCGUAAAGAUAAAGCGCAAUCACCUGAGGUGAUCAGCAUACAAGACUCAAGUUUAUCGUUGAAACUUGUAAUCAUUUUCGACUCUGUUAUGUCAAGAAAGAAUAAUUUUAAUAAAUAUAGUUUACGUAAUUCAUAUCUGAAAGUUUAUAUAAGAAAAUCGUCAAAAAUAAAGAUAAAAAAGAAGGAUAAAAUUCUAAAAACGUGUUAUAUUUUGUAUUAAAAGUUUUUAUUCGUUACUACCAUUGAUAUAAAAUUUUUCUGAGCAAAUACAUACAAGCGUAAUACACUGUACAAAAGGUAUUAUUAUACAACGUUUAUAAAAAAUUAUUGCAAAAUAGAACGAGUACUCUCUGAAUUACAAUUCAGUAGUAUUUAUAUAUAAACUGUUGUAUAAUUAAAUACGUUUUUGUUGACAUUAUAUUUGACCUAAAAUUUUUAUUGUUUACAUACAAAUGAUUUAAUCAUAUUGUUUAGACGGAAGUAUUAAAAAAAAA